GGUACCAGUCUACUGGCAGUUCAUGAGUUGUGAUCAAAAUUCCGUUCGUCUAUUGAAAUUUUCUCUGAAAUUUCAGAAAAUGAAGAAGAACGUGUCGAACGUUUUAGCAAAAGAAGCAGAUGGAAAAACGAGUCAGGCAUUUGCGACCCUUUCGUUCCUGUUUGUGUGCGUGGUUAUCGGUCUGCCACUAUGGUGGAUAACAACGACGGUGUAUCGAGCAAGGCUCCCUUUCGAAGACAUCGCAACACUCUCCCAGAGCGAACUACGUUACACCACAGAAUUCACAGUCAUAGCGAGUAGUGAGGAGGUAAAGGAUGACGACCUGGUGGAAUUCAAGAGACGGCUGGGAGCAACUCUGGAAUUGAGUUCACAGACGUCUUCUCACUCACUGAGUUUUCAGUAUAAGGUGAACUCGAAAAUGGCCUUGCAGCGUUGACGGUGAUGAGCGAUAAUGGGAGAUAUUCGUUGUUCCUCCUGCCGGCUUCAAGCAAGCUCCUCAACCACGACCUUCAUCUGAGUGGUUUCAGAUACAUGUUCGCAAAGUGCAAUAGGGAAGACUGGCAUGGCUUGGUGACGCCUGUGACGGAUGUCCUCCGUCAACUGCUGGUGAGCGAGAAGGCCGUGCAGGGGGCGCUGCAUGCUGCCGCUGCAGCGAGCAAGGCCAACAGAAGCUUGGAGCAGGACAAGGCGAGCAUGCGCGCCGUGAGAUCGUCGCCGCAGUACGACGUCGUGCUCUCGUUGCUCAACCCGCGUCCCGACCUUGUCAACGCCAUCUGGGAGCCCUCGCACGGUAAGCCGACCUCGUCAGCGCCCUCUAUGAACCGUCGCACGGUAAGCCGACCUCGUCAGCGCCCUCUAUAA